AUGAAAACAGUUGUAACACGAAGUGAAAAUUUGCAUGAUGAAAGUUUUAAUCAUGAUGAUAAUAGUUCUUCGGAGUUAAAAUGUGAUGAUAUAGAGUUUCACUUGUCAACUGAUGAAGGAAUAAAGUUUCAUAGAAGUGGAAAUUACAAAGAUGCAUGGAAUUGUUUUGUCAAGAACGCCGAACUUAAUGAUCGGUUUGCAAAGUAUUGGAAAGGUUAUUAUUUAUGGGAGGGACAUCAUGUUUCUCAAGACAAAAAUCAAGCUGCAGCUCUUUUUAAGGAUGCAGCUGAAGACGGUGUUGAAUAUGCACAACUUCGUUAUGCAUUUGCUUUAAAGGAAAAUGGUAAUACAGAAGAAAUUGCUAAUUAUUUAACGUGGUCAGAUGGAUCUGCUGAAGCCCAAUAUCAUAUGGGCUGUAUGUAUUUACAAGAUAAUCCAAAACUUGCGUAUAAGUAUUUUAGCUUAGCAGCCUCACAAAAUAACGCUAGGGCCAAAAAACAAUUAGAGGAAUUAAAAGAGUCAAUUCAGGAAGAUGAUGAAUACAUGACAUAG